AGAUUAGAUUGUGCGGAGUAGAUGGAGUAAUAUCUGGACACCUGUCAACUCACUGAGACCGAAUCAACCGAAACAUUUGUUUUUCUCUUCCAAUUUCCAAGUUCCAACUGAAUUCAAUACGAACCUUGCCCUCAAUAGAAGAUUCCUCUAAAACCCAGGUCUCUCUCUUCUGAUUUUAGGGUUUACAUCUCAAUUUUCUGUGUUCAGCUAUUCAUCACCGUCCCCUUUAUCUAUGUGGCGAAAUCCUGGGGCGGCUCUUCCUUCUUAACAAUUCUUGGGUUUUCACUACUAAAGCUAAACACAGUUCUUUCACAGAAAAACUCUUAAACCCCUAAACCCUCUCAACACAGUUCUUUCACAGAAAAACCCCUAAACUUCUCUACUGUGGCCGCUCCAAUUGGGUUCUCCGGCUUGGCCACUUCGCCGGUUCUCUUCCUUUCAUCUCAAUAAGGGAAAUUUGCAGGAUGGUUCCCGAAUUGGACCUUAAACCAAAGUUAGAAGCGUCAAUGAGAGUUUCGUUUCAUAAGGACAACAUCACAACCAUCCAGCAAGAUCCUGAUGAUAGUUUCUUGCCUUGUUUGAGCAAUUAUAAGGACGACAUAUUUGAAAUGGAAGAAUCACUGGUUCAACAAACCACAGAACCAAAUGGAGGUGAUAAUGAGGAGCUGGACAUAAUUGGUGAUACAUAUUCUUGUGACGAUGGGCUGAUUGAAUCCAAUCGUGCUGAUGUAAUUGAAAGUUCAAGUUCAAGUUCUUUUGGUGAUUCAGUAUCCGAGAGAGAGAAUAGUCCUAAGUUAGAUGGUGAUGAAGUUCAAUCACGGUUGCGCAGUGACCGUGCUUCAAUAUCAGAAUACGAUGAAUAUUAUGAUGCAUUUCGAUUGAGGAAGAAGAAGAUGACGCCUCAUUGGAGAAUGUAUAUACGUCCUAUAAUGUGGCGCUGUAAAUGGAUGGAAUUGCAAAUUAAAGAACUUCGAUCGCAAGCUAUGAAAUAUGACAGAGAACUUGAAAAAUAUGAUGACAGAAAGCAGCGUGAAUUUGACACUUAUACUCCAGAAGGUUUUGGUUCAAAGUCACUUCCAUUUUCUAGUCAAAUCAAAAGAAACAAAGUUAUGAAGAGGAAGAAAAGAAAGAGAGUUGAGCAGACAAUUGAUUUAGUGCCAUACAUGUCGCAGCAUAACUUUUUUUCAUAUUAUGAAAGUAAGAGUCCUGCUCCUGUCAGUGCUCCCAUGGAAGAUAAUUCUAGUACGCUAGGUAAGGCUAGUUAUGACAAUGAUGAGUUUGGGACAACCUCAUCCUUCGAGUUUCAAGAUGGCGAUGAUCACUACGAUGCUAUUCUUUUGGAUAUUGAAAAGCUACGUUUACGAGUACAAAAAUUGAUUCCCAGAGUGAAGAAGAUGGUUUCUGAAAACUCGGAAAAGAUUUCUUCUAUAAAUAAGUUGAACAUAGUUGCACCUUGUAAUGGGCUGACUAGCUCAGCUCAAAAUACUGUACCUCCUGAAAAUAGGAAUGGAUUACUUAUACUUAAGAGUGCUGUUUCAAGUCAUGGGGAGGUGACUCCUCAUUCUGAAAUGACUGUAAGCAAAAAUCCCUUUCAAAUUGGCUGCUUAUAUGGAACUGUAGGUUACUCUAAUAAGCUGCUGUCAUUUACUUUAUUGUUUGAAAUAUUAACUAAGCCCUUAUCAAACCAUUUAUGCAUACAGACUGAGGAUGAAGUGCUGAUAGAUAAUGAGCAAGCCAAGGAAGAGUUACAUGAUUUUAAGAAACUUAGAGAUCAGCUGGCAGAGAAGCCUGACGGAUCAACAGGAGAGCAGAAAGCAAUUCCUACCCUUUCAGAAGCUGUCUCGCCUUUGAAAGCGGCUGUUCAGAAUGUGAAAUCUAAUAAGAAAAUAUACCGUGGUAAGCGAAAGGCUAAGACUGGUUCAAGAAGAUGAAGCUGGUUCUAGGUAAGCUUGGUAAAUGUGCUCGUUAUUUGUUUGGAAGUUUAAUAUAUCAGCUGGGUCUCUAAAGUUUUUAUAUUGUAUAUGCUAAUUCUCCUUCCCCUCUACUGUAAAUCGUCUCUCCACUAUAGUGUAAAAAAAAGAAAAUGUUCUUAUCUGCAUUUGUUAAUUAAAAGAAAUACUUAGUUUUGAGUCCACCUAACUUCUCAAUUUCGGAAGUCUGUCGAUAAAUACUAUAUGUUUUCAAUGUUAUCCACUUAAAGUUAAAUACCAAA